UUAUUUUAUAUUUAUUCCGUUCUUGUUGUGAGUGUGUUGUGACUUAAAUUGGUUUUGAUGAAUGAAGAUGGAGCAGACAGCGAUGCAGAACAUAUCCUUUCAGCCAAAAACUAUGGCGGAAUUGCUUCCAAAUCUUGCCCUAAACGGUAUAUUAUCUAAGGAAGCAUUACUGACGCUUACUGGUAAAAAGAAGCCUCGAAACACUAUGGCAAUUAACCGAACAGCUGAGAAGGCCGUGAAGCCACUAACUAUGGCUGAAAUGAGAGCUGAAUUACAAGCUUUCAAAGGCCGCACCCCUUGCAAGGCUCAGCCGGCGCUAUCAACAAGGAAGAAAGGCUGGAACUCUUCCGUGAAAGUGGACAAGAGGGUGAACCACACGGUGGAUGGGAAGCUGCGCAAUAAUGUGGUCAGAAAGGUUCUCAUUUUCCAACCACCUAAACCCGUAGCUCCGGUUCAGAACAAAACAAUAUCAAAUGGCCGUGUAUCAAUGAUGCCACCUGCCCGCUCGAGAAUGACUUCAACGGCAGCUGUAUCCAAAACCAGGAUGACUCCCAUGCCUCCCGAGACUCCAAAGUUUCCCAAACCAGAACACAGAGCAAAGAAGUCACUGUAUAUUCAAGCUAAAACGAAUGUACGGAUCAGCGGCAUAUGCGACAUUCCAGAAACACCAGUAGAAACGAAACCAGCAAAACCCAGAGUAACUAUUGCCAACAAAGAAAACAGAUCAUGCCAAGCUAAUGUAAACAGAAAAUCCAUCACUCCCACGCUCAUAAACCACAAGAGGCUGGCCCCCCCCCCAAACCCCAAACCUGACACACCUUUAUCCAAUGACUCCUGGAAAUCUGGCAGCGAUGCCAGUUUCAUACAAAAAGAAAAGGAAAUCCAUGAAACUGAGGCUAUCACAGCGAUGCAGAACAUAUCCUUUCAGCCAAAAACUAUGGCGGAAUUGCUUCCAAAUCUUGCCCUAAACGGUAUAUUAUCUAAGGAAGCAAUACUGAGGCUUACUGGUAAAAAGAAGCCUCGAAACACUAUGGCAAUUAACCGAACAGCUGAGAAGGCCGUGAAGCCACUAACUAUGGCUGAAAUGAGAGCUGAAUUACAAGCAUUCAAAGGCCGCACCCCUUGCAAGGCUCAGCCGGCGCCAUCAACAAGGAAGAAAGGCUGGAACUCUUCCGUGAAAGUGGACAAGAGGGUGAACCACACGGCGGAUGGGAAGCUGCGCAAUAAUGUGGUCAGAAAGGUUCUCAAUUUCCAACCACCUAAACCCGUAGCUCCGGUUCAGAACAAAACAAUAUCAAAUGGCCGUGUAUCAAUGAUGCCACCUGCCCGCUCAAGAAUGACUUCUACGGCAGCUGUAUCCAAAGCCAGGAUGACUCCCAUGCCUCCCGAGACUCCAAAGUUUCCCAAACCAGAACACAGAGCAAAGAAGUCACUGUAUAUUCAAGCUAAAACGAACGUACGGAUCAGCGGCAUAUGCGACAUUCCAGAAACACCAGUAGAAACGAAACCAGCAAAACCCAGAGUAACUAUUGCCAACAAAGAAAACAGAUCAUGCCAAGCUAAUGUAAACAGAAAAUCCAUCACUCCCACGCUCAUAAACCACAAGAGGCUGGCCCCACCCCCCAAACCUGACACACCUUUAUCCAAUGACUCCUGGGAAUCUGGCAGCGAUGCCAGUUUCAUACAAAAAGAAAAGGAAAUCCAUGAAACUGAGGCUAUCACAAAUGCAAUAUUAGACGCACAACACACUCUUGAGAACAUAGUCGAGGUCUCACCACCCAUCGCAACACCAUUCAGGGAGUACAGAAACAAUAUAGAAUACACCAACUCCAGUGUUAUGGACAAUUCUAAUUCCGAAAAUGACACUAUCAUGUGCUUUGAUAACCCUACUAUGGUAGAAAGAGUCAAUAAUCAAGAUGAAAGACUAAAGGAAAGUGAAAAAGUUGACAGAGAAGAAAGUGUGAUUGUGUCAUUAUGCGACAUGCUGAAUAAAGCUACUGUCACUAACUUUGAGAGUUCAUCUAAGCUGGAGCUACGUGAAGUUGAAAGGCAGACUGAGCACAACAUUAAAAUGAUAAAAGAUAAUAUUCCAGCUCUUAUAAAUAUCAUAGAAGCUCAAUAUAAAACACUAUCUCACAUGAGAAAGCUGAUAAGAGACAUAAGAAACGGUACAAAAGUGUCAGACGAUAAAGAUAAAACUUUAGUUGGUAACAGUGAACCAAAAAGUCCUCCAAAGAGUCCAGUGCUCGGUCGCCCUUGUUCAGUUAUCAGAUUAAGUCCAAAAUCCCCUUCUUAUAAGAUACCUAAAAGAACUCCAUGUUUGAGGAAACGGGUGUUUUAUAAAUCGAUGCCUAAUGUAGUGUCAGACAUGAGCACUCCAGUGAAGUUAGAUGCUGGUACAGCUUUAAACAUGUAUAUGGAGAUGAAAGAACAGUUGCAUUUCUUGAACACUCCGCUGGUAAAGGCGCGACCGGCGCAGGUGCCGGACACGCCUGCCAUCACCUCGCAAAAUCUUCAGAUGCAACUAAAUAGAUUAUACAACAGAAGCUAGUAGUAGUUAUAUUAAAGAUUAUGAUAUGGGUU